GGAGGGUUUAAAGCUGAGCUGGUUUAUGCACCUGCUUUAACCUGUUUAUCCACCCUGUCCUGUUCACUUAUACUCAAAGGCAGUCCAGAAUGCCUUAAUGGGAGUAUCCUCUCUGGUUACUGCAGUUAUUUAGAUAUGCAAACAGCUGGAGGAUUUGUGCAUUUAAGAAACGCAGAUUUCAUGGGAUUUUCAAGGCCUCUACUUCUUCCAUUGAAGAAGCGAGCUUCGGAGCGCGGAGCUGCGGCUGCUGUCUGUCUGUGGGGAGGGAUUCGGUCGCUGUGAUGGCUCCGUCCUGCCACCUCACCUGCUCCGUUUAAAAACCCAAACUUACACCGCCAAGGAAUACUUCUAUUGAACGACAUGUAUCUUACGACAAAUGUGGAAGAAAAUGCACCAUCAUUGGAGCUACACACAUGUGCUUUGGCCUAAUAAAAUGUUUCCCAAUCAGAUCCAGCUCCAGUGGUCUUAAAUGUCCCACUGUCACACAUAAAGCUACAAAUCCCAGCAGGAGAAUUCUGAUUUAAUAAUAAUUUAAAAAACGGAAGCUGUAGGUUCAAAACAUUAACAAGUCCAUAAAAGGGAAAAUCCACAAAUUUGUCAUUUUCCUGAAACAGGUUUUUACAAACAUGGAUUUCCGAGUCUAAUUCUAAGAUUUAGAAAACAGGGUGAGCACAGGAACCACUGCAAGCCAUGCACAACCCUGCUCCAGAAGCUCUGGCAGCCCACCCAGGUGGAAAUGCCGUGGAUAAGGAUGCCAACCCGGAGACAACCUUGGGGAGCUCCUACUCUCCGGUAGACUACAUGAGCAUCACCAGCUUCCCCAGGCUGCCAGAGGAUGACGUGGUGUCUGGAGAAAACACCCUGAAAUCCCGCAAAGAUGAUGACAACGUCCUGAGUGAGCAGGACACAGACCCAGAUCUGUUUCUGAGGUCGGCCCGCCUGCAGCGUCUCCCUUCCUCUGCGUCAGACUUGGCCAGCCAUGAUGUUGCCUCUCUGCGAGAGACCAACGUCGACCCUUUUACUGAAGACUGCGCCUGUCAGCGGGAUGGGGUGACAGUCAUAAUCACGGCCUGUCUCACCUUCGCUACUGGGGUCACUGUGGCUCUCAUCAUGCAGAUCUACUUUGGCGAUCCACAGGUCUUUAACCAGGGAGCGGUGGUGACAGAUGUAGCUCAGUGUACAUCGCUUGGGUUUGAUGUUUUGGGAAAGCAGGGGUCCAGUGUGGAUGCUGCCAUAGCUGCUUCUCUCUGUUUGGGAAUUGUCCACCCUCACACCUCUGGCAUUGGGGGUGGCGGCGUUAUGUUGGUGCACGACAUCCGUAAGAAUGAGACAAGAGUGAUUGACUUCAGAGAGACGGCGCCAUCGGCCAUCCAUGAGGACAUGCUGCUAAACUUCGAUCUUAAUUCAGGGUUGCUAGUGGGAGUUCCAGGUAUGCUCAGUGGGAUGCAUCAGGCACACAAGCUCUACGGCAGGAUACCAUGGAAGGAUGUUGUUUCCAUGGCAGCAGAUGUAGCCAAAAAUGGAUUCAACGUUACUCACGAUUUGGCGGAAGCUCUGAAUAAAGUAAAGAAUCAGAACAUGUCGGAUGCUUUUCGGGCUUUAUUCUUCUCCAACGGUCAGGCUCCCCUUUCCGGACUGUUCACCCGGCGCCUUGAUCUAGCAGCCAUUUUAGAUGCCGUUGCAGAUAAAGGAAUAUCGGAGUUCUACGCUGGGAAACUGGCACAGGAAAUGAUGGCUGCAGUGCAAGCAAGAGGUGGCGUGCUGACAGAGGAAGAUUUUGGAAACUACAGCACUGUCAUACAAAAGCCAGCAGAAAUCACCUACCAAGGACAUCGUGUCAUGGCCGCCCCAGCCCCGCAUGCAGGUGUUGGAUUGAUCACUGCACUCAACAUCCUUGAAGGCUACAACAUCACCAGCCAAGUGCCCAGGAAUAAAACCUACCACUGGAUUGCAGAGGCUGUGAAGAUAGCAUUGGCCCUUGCUAGUGGGCUGGGAGACCCUAUGUUUGACACUUCGGUUUCAGAGAUUGUUGAUAAGAUGCUGAGUAAACCACAGGCUUCCCUACUUCGCCAGAUGAUCAGCGACUUCCAAGCGUUCCCUGUCAGCCAUUACACCACAUCAUUUACGAUGGAGGACGGUGCGGCAGCUGCACAAGUCAUGGUUAUGGGCCCAGACGACCACAUCGUUUCAGUUGUGAGCUCACUAAAUAAACCAUUUGGCAGUGGGAUAGUGACUUCUUCAGGAAUCCUUUUGAAUAGCCAGAUCCUGGACUUUUCUUGGCCUAAUAAAACACUGAGCUCAUUACCCAACCCUCAUAACCGCGUUCAGGCCGGAAAAAGACCCAUGUCCUUCCUGAUGCCCACAGCGGUGAGGCCAGCUGUGGGGUUGUGCGGUACAUACGUAGCCGUUGGGUCUUCCAACGGAGAGAAAGCUCUCAGCGGCAUCACACAGGUACUGAUGAAUGUUCUCUCUUCACGCAAAAAUAUGAGUGACAGUUUAGCUUAUGGGAGACUCCACCCACAGCUGGAGCCAAACACACUGCUGGUGGACGCUGAGUUUUUAGAGGACGAUGUAGAGCUGCUGCAGGCAAAAGGGCACAAAGUUGAACGAACGGAAGUUCUUUCCUUGGUGGAGGGCACAAGGAGGACCAAUGAUCUCAUCAUCGGGGUGAAAGAUCCCCGCAGUGCUGAUGCUUCCGCCCUCACUAUGUCUAUGAUGCCUUAAUGCAUUGCUCCUUUCAAUACCCAGAUACGACUGCAACAGCAAGAUUAAGCGUUUUUUAAUGAGGCAGAAAUUUAGGCUACUUAUUAAAUAAAACACCAAACUAAUCCACUCUACAAACAUCUAACAGCAAAUAACAUGCAGGUUUCUCUGAACUAACAUGGUAAGAAGCCGAUACUUUUUUUAAAUGCUGACUUGCUCACAGUAAAAAUUAGAAGGUAGCUUCACUUUAAUGUUGUUGAUUACAGUGUACCUACUGUCACGGCCUCAAGUACCGUCCUGUCACAGUGUACCCUGUUGUGAAAGUACACAUCCAUCCUAGAAAUGGCUUAAAAGUCCAUUGCUUGUGUUAUACACAGGAGAACCAAGUUUAUUAUUAAAUUAAUGUGAGGCAUUCCAGGGAAAGGAAAAUAGAAGCAUGAACAGUUGAUGAAGCUAUUUUUCCAAAGGUGGUGGAAAGUAACCGUUUUUUUUUCUAAAAGUAGGUUUUCGAGUUUUGCACUAGAAAUGGUCCGUCAGAAAUUAUGAGUGAAAAUCCUGAGGAAAGGACUGGUUGGAGGACUGAAAAGGACACACACCAAAAGGUCGUCAUCUACAACACAGGCAUGGCAUGCAGUAUAUUUAAAUCACCUGUUGCAAAGCCUUGCUGCAUCUCACGUGGGCAGGAGCAUCCUAAACCUAACACAUGACCUUCUCGGCUCUUUGUGUGGCAUGUAACUGUGAUUAGAUGUUUUUUGGUAAAGCUACUGCAUCUUUCACUGUUGCAUGACUUUUUGGGACCAUGAUUAAGCUUAACACUGAUACAAAGGUUGUAAAAUACAAUUUUAAACUAAACCUUCAGUUCUUUGCUCAUUGCCAAUAUGGUUUUUAUUAAGUUUAACAGGUUUUAGAUGUAAGUAAUUGUUUAAUGAGUGCAAUUAAAUUAAUUUUGUAGAAACGGAAGAUCAAGAUUUUCUUUUCUUAAACUGAAGGUCAUAUGUUCUCAGUGCAGGAAUGGUUGGAUUCUUUAAAAAUAAUUUAAUGUGAUUUCUAUUUUUAUAGUAACAUUUAUUUGGCUGUAUACAUUAUUAUCGUUGUUAUUGUAUCACAUACCAAUCAGUGCAUCUAAUUUGUGUACAGGUUAAAUUGUAUUAGGUUAAGAUAUCAACAAACUGUUUUUGACUAUUUUAUCACUGAAACAUAAAUGCCAAUUUCACCUGAUCGGAUCCAUCCUGAUCUUUAAUCUUUUUUUGUGCGGUAAGCACACAUUUGCACAACUGAUGUCUGCUUUUUCUGUGUUCAUGUAUGAUUUACAUAAAAAUUUGCUUUGUACAAACACAAGAAAUCAGACACGUAGCACACGUCCAAACAUUAAAGAAUGUUUCACCA